AUGAGUGCUAAAGGACCAAAUAUAGCACCCAGGGGUAUACCGGCUACUACAACCUCUACAGGCAAAACAUUUUCUCACACUAAUAUCAGCACAAACUCUUUGCCCGCAUCAGGCCCAGUCUCCUCUAGAGCCCAUACCGUAUCCAGUGCCGCGACUGCCCACUCACCAAUAGCUAUGGCUGGAUCAUCACCAUCUUCAUCUUCAUCAUCAUCAUCAUCAUCAUCAUCUAUUUCCGCUGGAUCAACCCCACGUUCCUUUUCAGCUAAUAGUCCCCCAAACUCACGACAUCCUUCCAUCACCAUCAACACCACUACUCCUUCUUCUGGUAACACUCCAGCAGCAGCAGCAGCAACAGCAACAGCAACAGCAAUAAAAAUAUCAAAGCCAGUGACACUGAUUAUGACGUCCAAAGAAUGGGUCUUGCCACCAAGGCCAAAACCUGGUAGAAAACCAAGUGUCGAUAUCCCUGCUUCGAAAAGAAAAGCACAGAACCGUGCCGCGCAAAGAGCAUUCCGUGAGAGAAGGGCAACUAGAGUACAAGAACUAGAGGAAAAACUAAUGGAAGUUGAAAAGGAGAAAGAUAUCAAGGAAAUGACCUUGAUCAAUACCAUCAACAAGUUGAAAGCUGAAAAUAGUUUCUUGGCAAAAGGAAUGGAGCAGUUACGACAGGAAAUGAAUACAUUCAAACAAUCGCAGAACCAAAUGAAAAUACAGAUACAGCAGCAACAACAACAACAACAGCAGCAACAACAGCAGCAACAACAACAACAACACAUAGAAACACAAGCACAACAAAGUCUGAAUACAGGCUCACGAGGAAGGAAACCAAUACAACCAAACUCCCCCCAUUUUUUUAUACCGCAACAAUCACUUUCCCCACAACAACAACAACAACAACAACAACACACUCAAUAUCCUUCACUAUUUACUCAUAGUAAUCGCCCCUCUCCUAACAAUAGCAACUACAAUAAUAACCAUAUCCAUAAUCAUAACAACAACUCCAAUAUAUCACCUGCAAGCUCUUCUUACUCACUCCAACAAAUAUCGCCUGCUCCUUCAGCCGACCUGCCUCCACAAUACCAAAGUAUACGAACACAAAGACCAACAAUUACCUCGUCAACAUCUAAUCAGACAUUGACACCAGCAUCAAACAAUACUACACCCGAUAAAUCUAUAACCACUCAAACGGCAGCCAUUUCGAACAUUACCAAUAAUACCAAUACCAAUAACAACAACAUCGAUAUCGAUGCUUCAAAUUUCGAUUGUGGUGUAUGCAGUAGAGAAGAGUGUCUAUGCGAAGAGGUUGGUUUGAAGGAACCCUCGAAAACUAAAUCAAAGACUUCAUUGGAUGAUACCUUGGCUAACCAAUUGGAAUCAUUUAAACCAGAGGCCGCCGUCACACUCACACGCAAAAAGAGGAAAGCCACAAGCGUAGACGAAGUAAAGGAAAUUGAUUUUACACGACAGUUUACUACAAAAACUAAACCUAUGCCCGACUUGAAGAAAUUGAAAAAGACCACCACUUCUGCUUUAUCUGCAACAAAGCCACUUAAAGGCGGUUGCAAGUCAUCUAGUAAAACGAACACAGCGGAUUCAUCUUUUGAUGAGGCUUCACCAAUGGAGAAUUGCGGAUUCUGUUCGGACGAUACACCAUGCGUGUGUCGUGAAGCAGCAAAGGAGGCAGCAAGACUCAAUGCUUCAUUGAACGGACAAGACAUGAACGUGAUUGUUGAGGAGGAGGAGGAGCAAGAGGAAGAAGAAGUUAGAGGGGAAAAACAAAGAAGUAAUGUAGGUGCAGGAAUAGAUCUGGGUGAUGGAACAGGGAGAGGCGAAGAUUAUAUUGACUUCUCGGAGAGCCGAACACUACCGCCCAUCCAAUUCAAUCCUGAAAUCAACAACAACAACAACAAUAAUAAUAAUAAUAACCACCUAUUCAGAAAAUCAUCGUUGCCAGUAAUGCAUCCUGGACCAUCCGUUGAAAUAAGAGAAAUUACAAACCUCACUCCUGGGGCAGUACCUGUUAUGACGCGCAGAAAUGAGGAGCAAAAUCAACUGGGUCAAGCCGUAACAACUCCAACUCCUAUCACAACACAAUUUACUGAAUCAUCUAAAGAUAAUAACUAUAAGGACGAUAACGAUGGAGGAUGCACAGGGAAUCCAGGUACUUGUAAACAAUGUCAAAUGGACCCUAUGUCUACUUUGUUUUGUACUACUGUUGCAUCAAAAAGUAAUGAUUCCUCAAUCCGUCCAAACUUGUCCAGAAGCGGGUCAAAUACCAUGCUUCUGUUGAAUUUUGGAAAUAAAUUUGACCCCAUAAACAACAAUCACAACAACGGCAGCAGCAACAGUAAUAAUUCAAAUAAUGCACCAUCGCCCAUUCCACCACCACUUUUGGCGACUGCAAGUUAUGGUAAUAACAACAACAACAACAACAACAAUAACAAUAAUAAUAAUAAUAUAAACAGUAUUACUGGUACUAGCGCACCUAGUCCUGGAACCAACGGUUUCCUUGGAUCUGGUGGAUCGUCUGCGUCUUCUACUGCAGUAAGGCUUAAUAAUGGGGGAAUGUUUAUCCCCUGUGCUGAUGCGUACAAGACCUUGUCAAGGCAUAAGAAAUUCAAUAGCGUUGAUUUUAGUACAUUAGUUGGCAAACUUACAACACGAGGUAUGCAAGUCGAAGUACAGAGCGUUGCGAAUGUUUUAAGGGAAUUGGACCGCAGAUUGUAUAACUAA